UUGUGUUCGAGUGGAAAGAUAAAUGAAAAAUUACUCGGUGAACGGUGGACAGGGCCGUAGCCACAGUGCCCAGGUACAGCCCAGAUAAGAGAAAGAUCUUCAGUAAUUCGUCUGUAAUAUUAUGAGUUUUGCGAGAUGUAAAUCACUCGACCAGUAAUGGAGUGAACUAUAGGUAUGAGACCAUUAAAUGCAAGAUAAAGUCAGGAUUUCACAUCACAGCUUGCGAAAACUAUGACACUGUUGAAGCACCAGAAUUCCCACUGACAUGUCAACAGAUGAGUGUGGGGAGCUUAUUAUCUAUUGUUUCAGGAAAUCGGCGACAGAUAAAUUCAUUGCGGAAAGAUAUGCACAACGUGAAAUCAAAGAACACGUUUCAAUCAGAAAAACUGAAUGAACUGGAAGGUCAAGUAGAAAAUUUGAAACAAGCAAAUGAGGACCUUAAAAGUGAGAUGGAUCUUAUGACUCGGAAAGUAAAUUCAAUGUAUGCAGAAAUUUUGCGACUAUCUCGGGAGGGUAAUAAUUCAGGUAAGAAAACACCACCUGGUGCCAUUAAGCAAGAUGACAGUUUCAUUAAAGCCGGUAAUUGUGAUGUCGUAAUCGGUGGAAAUUGUUAUCUAAUUUUUAUCCGAAAUACCUUGGACUUGACGUUUUCUGAAGCUGUUGCAAUUUGCAAUGACCACAAAUCCAGUGUUGCUCUGUUUCCUAACAACGAUACCUACGACAAGAUUGUAAAGUAUUUGCGGACACAGCUGCCUGUUGGAUGGCUGAAUAUUCUCGUGUGGACGGGGCUGGAGAUAGAUGCAAAGACCGGUAACGCCAAAAACGAGCUUACGUCAUUCGCUAUUUGGAAACCGGAUGCAUUGCAUACAGGACCUUCACAUUUGAACUAUACGAAUGUUUAUCUUGAAGUUUCACAAUUACCAACUCACUCUGAUCAAGGCAUGGGUAAUUUUUUGCCAUCUAGUCCAAUGCACGGCGUCGUUUGUCAGAGGACGUCAUAACUUCAUGUACACUUAUGCUGAAUGUAAAAAAUAUAAAUUCGUACUUAGUUGAAUGUGGGAAAGUUGCCGAUAAUAUUAUAGCAUAGGUGAUGCUUCAAUUUUGAAAGCAACUGUGGGAUGAAACUCUAAUGUUUGCAUGCGAAAUAUUUCCCAGCCAAAAUAUUAUUGACUACCAAGUAGUUUGCAUGCUGAUAAAUAAUGAAUAUCGAUUUUUUUAUCACGCGUAUAAUAUGAAGAAAGCAUUACACUUGCCACUUCCUGACACUGUACAACUUCAAUUUAAUCUGUUAUCAAUCAUGCAGCGUGGCCCUAAGCUACGCCAAGUCUACCAUAUGUCAAUAUCAACUGUAUUUCAAGCUAUAGGCAUGUGGUCGCAAAUGUUUAUGAUUGCUGAUGCACAUAUCCCAAACAACUAAAACAAUGUUUUCCGAACUUUUACUUUUAUAUUACCCAGACUUACUGUACUGGAAUC